ACUCUUUCGGUUCGGGCCCGCUCGGGCUGUGUCCGAUCAACACGGACGUUCAUGGUGCAUCGUACACUCGUUUUAUAUCGCAAUUCCGCCGCUGGGGGACAGGCCAUGAGGAGCGCAGGGCUGCUCACCGUGAGCGCUUCACUCCUGUGCCUCGGCUCGGCCAUCCACGUCAAGGCCCCGGGCCUCGACGCCGAGGGCGAGCCGGCCUCCGCGCACCGGCCGGAGGACCUGCGGAGCGAGCUGCUGGGCCAGGGCGAGCUGCUGGCCCGCAUGCUGGACGGGCUCUGGUCCGGCGCCGAUGAUGCGGCUGCGCCCGCGAAGAAGCUUCACCACAAGGGCCAGGGAGCGAAGGACGCGGCCCACAGUUCGCCCCCCAAGGUCAGCAGGCUUCAGGUGGUGGGCCCUUUCAACAGCGGGACCAACCUGCUGUCCAAGCUCUUGUCUCUGAACAUCCCCGAGGAGGUCAUGGACACCGCCUGCCCAGUGCUGAAGAGAAAGGUCGACAGCUGCAUUUUCUGGAAACACACGCCCCCGGCGGCGUUGCCAUCUGAGGUGCAGGCCAUGUUCGUCGAAGGAUGGCAGUCACACAUGAUGGUCAACGUCAAAGCUCCGCCCAAGACUUGGCCGCCUAAGGAUCCCAAGAGAGACGUCGUGCUGGUGGCGAUGGUGCGGAGCCCCAUGGGAUUCAUGCAGGGCAUGAGCAAAGCCCCGUACGAUAUGAGACACUGCCUUUACCGGAACGACUGGAGGAAUUCUUCACACGGUCUGCCACCUCCGCAAGAUCGUAGACACGCAUGA